AUGGACGCGGACAGGGGCUACGGGGACCUGGAAGAGUGGCGCAGGCUCCAGAAACAAAUGGCAUUCGAUCGGGACCCCCGGAACUUCCAGUUCCGGGCGCCCGCCCGAGCAAGAUCACCGACGCCGGCAGGCAACCGACGUCGCCGCCGUGGGCACCGCGGGGGCCGUCGAGCGCGAGAGCGACGCCAACGGGCGCAACAGGCGCGGCUGGAGGAGCAGCAGCGAGAGGAGAGGCUACGGCUGGAGGAGCAGCAGCGGGAUGAGAGGCUGCGGCGUCGGGAGCAGCGACAAGGCGAGCGGCGCGAAGAUCAGCAGCGGCAUUUAAGAUCGGCCCUGCAAUCUUCGGCCCGACGAAACAUGGACGCGGACAGGGGCUACGGGGACCUGGAAGAGUGGCGCAGGCUCCAGAAACAAAUGGCAUUCGAUCGGGACCUCCGGAACUUCCAGUUCCGGGCACCCGCCCGAGCAAGAUCACCGACGCCGGCAGGCAACCGACGUCGCCGCCGUGGGCACCGCGGGGGCCGUCGAGCGCGAGAGCGACGCCAACGGGUACAACAGGCGCGGCUGGAGGAGCAGCAGCGAGAGCGACGCCAACGGGCGCAACAGGCGCGGCUGGAGGAGCAGCGGCGAGAGGAGAGGCUACGGCUGGAGGAGCAGCAGCGGGAUGAGAGGCUGCGGCGUCGGGAGCAGCGACAAGGCGAGCGGCGCGAAGAUCAGCAGCGGCAUUUAAGAUCGGCCCUGCAAUCUUCGGCCCGACGAAACAUGGACGCGGACAGGGGCUACGGGGACCUGGAAGAGUGGCGCAGGCUCCAGAAACAAAUGGCAUUCGAUCGGGACCUCCGGAACUUCCAGUUCCGGGCACCCGCCCGAGCAAGAUCACCGACGCCGGCAGGCAACCGACGUCGCCGCCGUGGGCACCGCGGGGGCCGUCGAGCGCGAGAGCGACGCCAACGGGUACAACAGGCGCGGCUGGAGGAGCAGCAGCGAGAGCGACGCCAACGGGCGCAACAGGCGCGGCUGGAGGAGCAGCGGCGAGAGGAGAGGCUACGGCUGGAGGAGCAGCAGCGGGAUGAGAGGCUGCGGCGUCGGGAGCAGCGACAAGGCGAGCGGCGCGAAGAUCAGCAGCGGCAUUUAAGAUCGGCCCUGCAAUCUUCGGCCCGACGAAACAUGGACGCGGACAGGGGCUACGGGGACCUGGAAGAGUGGCGCAGGCUCCAGAAACAAAUGGCAUUCGAUCGGGACCUCCGGAACUUCCAGUUCCGGGCACCCGCCCGAGCAAGAUCACCGACGCCGGCAGGCAACCGACGUCGCCGCCGUGGGCACCGCGGGGGCCGUCGAGCGCGAGAGCGACGCCAACGGGUACAACAGGCGCGGCUGGAGGAGCAGCAGCGAGAGCGACGCCAACGGGCGCAACAGGCGCGGCUGGAGGAGCAGCGGCGAGAGGAGAGGCUACGGCUGGAGGAGCAGCAGCGGGAUGAGAGGCUGCGGCGUCGGGAGCAGCGACAAGGCGAGCGGCGCGAAGAUCAGCAGCGGGUGAGAAGGGCCAUGCGAGACGUGGAGGCGCGCCUGGCGUACGCCAGAUGCCUGCAGGAGCUGCAAUGGCUGCAUAGGGGGUCGCGGGUGGACAGCCGCGGGUCCCCUGGCCAGUACACAGACUACAUUUCCGAGGGCUCCGGCGAUGAGCAAGCCCAAGUCUUACAGGCCGAGUGCAACGGCUACUUGGAGCAGCAGCAAGAACCGAGCGUCGUCUGCCAGCCGCAGCAUGACAACCAAGAUGGCGUGACCACGGCGUCGCAUGACCUUCUAGAAAUUAUAAAGAAUUUGCAAGCAGAAGUAAAUGCGAACAAAAUGUUGCUGUUACAAUUUCGAACGGAGGCAGGCAAAAAUAUGACGCGUCAAGCGGCGAGCCAUAGCAACGCCAGCAACAUCCAAAGGGACGGCAUAGCAAGCAACGACGACGCCAGUAACGACACAGACUACAUUUCCGAGGGCUCCGGCGAUGAGCAAGCCCAAGUCUUACAGGCCGAGUGCAGCGUCUACUUGGAGCAGCAGCAAGAACCGAGCGUCGUCUGCCAGCCGCAGCAUGACAACCAAGAUGGCGUGACCACGGCGUCGCAUGACCUUCUAGAAAUUAUAAAGAAUUUGCAAGCAGAAGUAAAUGCGAACAAAAUGUUGCUGUUACAAUUUCGAACGGAGGCAGGCAAAAAUAUGACGCGUCAAGCGGCGAGCCAUAGCAACGCCAGCAACAUCCAAAGGGACGGCAUAGCAAGCAACGACGACGCCAGUAACGACACAGACUACAUUUCCGAGGGCUCCGGCGAUGAGCAAGCCCAAGUCUUACAGGCCGAGUGCAGCGUCUACUUGGAGCAGCAGCAAGAACCGAGCGUCGUCUGCCAGCCGCAGCAUGACAACCAAGAUGGCGUGACCACGGCGUCGCAUGACCUUCUAGAAAUUAUAAAGAAUUUGCAAGCAGAAGUAAAUGCGAACAAAAUGUUGCUGUUACAAUUUCGAACGGAGGCAGGCAAAAAUAUGACGCGUCAAGCGGCGAGCCAUAGCAACGCCAGCAACAUCCAAAGGGACGGCAUAGCAAGCAACGACGACGCCAGUAACGGUAAAACUACCAGUGAAGAUGGCAAUAGCGACAGAGCAGCCGACGCUGACACCGAUAACGGCAACACACACAACGUCGACGUCAGCAGCAGCUUAAACACCAACGAAAUGGAGAUGCAACGAGCGUAUCCAUGA